UUGUCAUGAAAUGUUCUUCUUCUUGUAUAAUGGCUUCCGUGCAUGAAAUGUUAACAACAAACCUGUCACUUGUCAAUGAAAUAGUGAAGUUUCGUAGUUUCGUAAUGAAAAUAUUUAAGGUUAUUAUAGCUAAUUGAAAUUUAAGAUUUUAAUUAAAUUAGUCGUCGUAUAUACAUACGAAAACUUCUUAAAAUGAACCUAAACAUUUCGAGUCUUAGUAAGUUUGUUUGGAAGUCUCAAACGAUAUCAGGUUUCGGGUUCCAGCAAGUAAGAAAUAAAUGGGCAAAUGCCUUAAUGAUAAGAGAUGUUAAGAGAAGGCGUAUGAGUGCUGAAAACUUUCUGGAAAGGUCUAGAAUUAAUGCUUUAAGAAAGAAUGAUGUUCUUCCAAUAGAAAUCAGAGAAAUUGCGGACAAGGAAAUAAAUAAAUUUGAGUUAAACGCGACACCUCUUCGGAUUAACAACAGAUGUGUGAUUACGUCCAGGCCUCGUGGUAUUGUCAAGGAAUGGAGAAUGAGCCGAAUUGUAUGGAGACAUCUUGCAGAUUAUAACAAGCUUUCUGGUGUUCAGAGGGCUAUGUGGGGCUAAUUAAUAAAUCCAUUUCUAUACUGUUUUAGGAUUAGAUAAUAAUAAAUAAUGUUACCA